AACAACACCAACAGCAACAACACCAACAACAACUUCAACAAAAACAACAAUAGCAAUAACAUCAUCAACAACAACAAUAGUAACAACAGCAACAACAACAACAAUAACAACAACAACAGUAACAACAACAGCAGCAACAACAACAACAACAACAACAACAACAUCACCAACAACAGUAACAACAACAACAAAAAUAACAACAACAUCAGCAGCAACAAAAGCAACAACAAUAGCAGCAACAAAAAUAGUAGCAACAACAACAACAACAACAAAAAUAACACCAAUAAUAACAACAGCAACUACAAUAGCAACAACGUCAUAAACAACAACAACAACAACAACAACAAUAACAAUAACAACAAAAAUAACAGCAAUAACAAGAACAAAAAUAACAAUAACAACAUAAGCAACAACAACAACAACAACCACAAUAACAAUAACAACAUAAGCAACAACAACAACAACAACCACAAUAACAAUAACAACAUAAGCAACAACAACAACAACAACCACAAUAACAAUAACAACAUAAGCAACAACAACAACAACAACCACAAUAACAAUAACAACAUAAGCAACAACAACAACAACAACCACAAUAACAAUAACAACAUAAGCAACAACAACAACAACAACCACAAUAACAAUAACAACAUAAGCAACAACAACAACAACAACCACAAUAACAAUAACAACAUAAGCAACAACAACAACAACAACCACAAUAACAAUAACAACAUAAGCAACAACAACAACAACAACCACAAUAACAAUAACAACAUAAGCAACAACAACAACAACAACCACAAUAACAAUAACAACAUAAGCAACAACAACAACAACAACCACAAUAACAAUAACAACAUAAGCAACAACAACAACAACAACCACAAUAACAAUAACAACAUAAGCAACAACAACAACAACAACCACAAUAACAAUAACAACAUAAGCAACAACAACAACAACAACCACAAUAACAAUAACAACAUAAGCAACAAC